AUGAAAAUUGAAGAAGUAAAGGGUACAACGAAAACACAAUGUAUAUCAGCACAUAGUCAUAUUAAAGGGUUAGAUUUGGAUAAUGAACAACGAGCUAUAUGUUAUGCUGGUGGUCUUGCUGGUCAAGAACAAGCACGUGAAGCAGCAGGUAUUGUUGUUGAAUUAAUUCGUCGAAAGAAAAUGGCUGGUAGAGCUGUUCUACCUUCUGGACCACCUGGAACAGGAAAAAAUUUUAAUAAUCUUUGA